AUGGAUACAGAACAGCUUGAAGUCAAACUACUGCAGACACUCGAGACCUUGCUCAAGAUAAGCAUGACAGUCCACGACUUUCAACCCGAGUCUGGCCCAGUUCUCAAUACUCGAAUCGAAACUCUGGUUCAAUGUCUUUUAGAUAUGAAUGACGCUAAAGCCAAUACAGACAUUCAGGUGCCAUUUAGUCUUCUCGAGGUUGUCGAAAAUGGCAUCAACCCAGACCAAUUCACUAGCGAUUUAGUACAAACUCUUGUAGACAAAAACCAAAAGACAAAGGGACGGAUUGAAUCAAUCAAGAUUUUGAAGGAUGAAAUACGAACACAGCUUGAAAGGAACUAUCCAGGUUUGGCAUCUGAAUUGGAUAAUAUCACACAAUAG